AAAUCUCAGCAUCUUUCGGCCGAAAGUUCCACCCGCUCUACUGGACGCCCUUUCCAGAAGAAAUUAGAAGCCGAUCGCCCUUGGCCCGUCAGGCCGUUACCGUCACCGGGAGUAGUAUUGCAUAGAGCGGAAAGACACUCACGCCCCUCAAAUCUCACCAUAAGUAGUCAGUCAGCGCCUGGGGCAUCUCCAUCAUUUCAUCCGUCUCCUUUUUCUUUCCUUCCGUCUCUUUCACCCCGGCUCUCUCUCUCUCUCUCCCUCGCGCACGCGGCACGGCCUACUACUAGCUCGAUCUCCUCCUUUUCCUUCCUUCCUUCGUUUCACGUGCAUGCCCUUUCCUUGAAACCCUGCUCUAGAAGCUGCCCCUUCUUCGAUCGGCGCUGCGGAGCCCUAGAAUGGCGAGGCGAUCCCUGCCCCUUCUCCGAAACCUGCUCCUCCGCGACUCCUCCGCCGCCUCUACUCAUCCAGCUGCUGCUGCUAGUUUAUUAGGGCUGGACGGGGGCCGCCGAUCCGUGACCUACAUGCCUCGGCCCGGCGACGGCGCGCCGCGGCCGGUGACGCUGAUCCCGGGCGACGGCAUCGGCCCCCUGGUGACGGGCGCCGUCCGGCAGGUGAUGGAGGCGAUGCACGCGCCCGUGUACUUCGAGACCUACGAGGUCCACGGCGACAUGACCUCCGUCCCUGCGGAGGUCGUCGAGUCGAUCCGCCGCAACAAGGUCUGCCUCAAGGGCGGCCUCAUUACCCCCGUCGGCGGCGGCGUCAGCUCCCUCAACGUCCAGCUUCGCAAGGAGCUCGAUCUCUACGCCUCGCUCGUCAACUGCUUCAACCUCCCCGGCCUGCCCACGCGCCACGAGAACGUCGACAUCGUCGUGAUCAGGGAGAACACCGAGGGGGAGUACUCGGGUCUCGAGCACGAGGUCGUCCCGGGCGUCGUGGAGAGCCUUAAGGUGAUAACAAAGUUCUGCUCGGAGCGCAUUGCAAAAUAUGCUUUUGAAUAUGCUUACCUUAACAACAGAAAGAAAGUCACAGCUGUUCAUAAAGCAAAUAUUAUGAAGCUUGCUGAUGGCUUGUUCUUAGAAUCUUGUCGUGAGGUUGCAACAAAAUAUCCUGGCAUAAAGUACAACGAGAUAAUUGUGGACAACUGCUGCAUGCAACUUGUUUCGAAACCUGAGCAGUUUGAUGUCAUGGUCACUCCAAAUCUUUAUGGCAAUCUGGUGGCUAACACAGCUGCAGGUAUAGCUGGAGGCACUGGUGUCAUGCCUGGAGGCAAUGUGGGUCAGGACCAUGCUGUAUUUGAGCAAGGUGCUUCGGCAGGGAACGUAGGGAAUGAGAAGAUAGUGGAGCAGAAGAAAGCCAACCCUGUGGCCCUGCUUCUAUCAUCUGCCAUGAUGUUGAGGCAUUUACAGUUCCCAUCAUUCGCCGACCGACUGGAAACUGCAGUGAAGCGUGUAAUUGCUGAAGGCAAAUACAGGACGAAAGAUUUGGGUGGUAAUAGCACCACCCAAGAAGUCACAGACGCAGUCAUAGCCAAGCUCGACUAACUUAUAUAUUCUUCACCUGCACUCUACUCUUUUUUCUUCUUUUUUCUUUUCUUUCUUCUUUUUUUUUUUUGUGUUGAAGAGGGGCGGUAAUUAGUAGUCUUUAUUUUAUUUUUUUUCAUUUUCCUCUAAUUUUAUUUUCAUAUUUCCUGUGAGAUCUGAAAUGUGAUCUUUUGUGUUUCCCUGUUUCCCAAUAAUUGCGGAACCCGCCGAGAGUCAUUUGGGUUGUAUUAUGCCAUACAUCAUAAGAGAUAAUAGCUGAGAUCGCUUAUCAACUGCUGGCCAUUUUGGAAUGGCUUUCUUAGUAUGUAACUUUUUGAUCAAGACUCUCUUAUACUUUUUGGUCAAGACUUUCUUA